AUGGAUACACAACUGGAUCAAAUCGUGAUUCAGUCCAUUCUCCUGCCACUGCGGAAAGAAGUUCUCCAGAGGUUGCAGGUCAAGUUCGAAAAAUUUCAGCGGAAAGAUUGGUUCGAGAUUUUCGCCACAGUAUUCAUUCUUCUAAACACCAUCGAGAUUGCUACCAGGCAUGAUCACGAAUUUGCGACCAGCUACGGCCACGUGAGCCCCACGGGUGGAAAAAGAUUCGAAGAUUACAAAUUAGUCGAUUCUUAUUUCCAUGGAGCACAAACUCUCAUCGCUCACUUCAGAGAUGCUCCAGAUGGCCACACACCCAUAAUACAAGCCUCCACAGCUCCUGAGAAGGUCGCAAAGAUGGCAGAGAUGAACAUUGAAGAGACAAAUUUCAUGCAUCAACUGCGGAACUACAUGAAUGAUGGCAAGAGAGGUUGGUUGCUCCAACCCCUAUUACUACUUAUUACUUAA